AUGGUGGUCUCCUUAAAGCAGGUGGGGACUACAGCCUGGGUCAGGUUGAAGAUGUCUGAGAUGCCAGCUGGGGGCCUGGAGCUGGACUGCCACCAUUUCCCUCACUGCAUCAUCAGGAACUUAAUCCAGAGUGACAGCUUUACAGAGAACCUACAGAGGGAGCUUCUAGACCUCAACUUCCAUGAGAAGUCCAACGACCUGUACAAAUUUAAUCAGUCAGAUGACCUGAAAAAGAGAAAAGAGCCUCACAUCACAGGCUUGAGAUCAUUUGUAUGACUAUUUGGGCGGUUUCGAUUCUGGCUGGGGGAAGUGUUGGGGGUAGAACUGAAGCCCACAGUGGACAUUUCCUGUUCCAAGUACCAAUACACUGAUGUUCUAUUGUGUCAUGAUGAUGAGUUGGAGGGGAGGCGUGUUGCCUUCAUCCUCUACUUUGUCCCUCCAUGGGAGAGCAGCGAUGGAGGAUCCCUGGAUCUCUUCAGCGCAGAUGAUCACUUCCAGCCCCAUAGUGUGGUGAAGUCUCUGGUGCCCAGCUGGAACACUCUGGUUCUCUUCGAGGUUUCACCCGUCUCCUUCCACCAGGUUUCACGGGCCGUCUUUGGAGCGACCCCCUCGUCACACAGAGCCCCCCUUCCCAAGGAGCCCCCACCUUCUCAAAGAUUGCUGCUAGAGUGGCUGAAUCCACUGCAUCUGGAUGUUGACUACCAGUCACAGGUUCAGCAAGAGUUAGAGGACAAGAGAGAUCCCGAACGUGUUAUGAUGGCUGUAAACGUAUAUGAUGUGUGUAAAUAUUUUUGUGUAUGUCCGUUGUGCAGAUGUUAUGAAGUGACUUCGUUAGAGUCCUUCCCCCAGUGUGUGAGUGCAUGCUGGGAGCUGUUGUUAUCGGAGGCGUUCUUACUGCUUCUGUCCAACUUCACUGGCCUGAGACUGCACUAUCUCAGCCCUAGUGACGAAGACAAGGAGGAAGAGAAGGACCAAGAAGAUGAACAAGAGAGAGAAGCCACAGGGUCAUCUGGGUACAAACCAUCAGCUAAUAAGAAUACCAAAGAGCCGAGCACUCCGGUGUGUGUUGGAGAACUGCGUCCCUGGGCUCACGGGGACUACACACUACUGCACGAUGGAGACGCAUCGAGAGCGGAGUACGCCCUUGACCUACUGCUGCCCCUGAGCUGUCCUGACUGGCAGACCGAGUUUGGGGGCUUCACGUCUUAUAUUGCUAAUGAAGAGGAUGAGGAGCUCCUGAUGGUGUAUCCAGAGGUCAACUCCCUGGCUCUUGUCUACAGGGACAAAGAGACUCUCAAAUUUGUCAAACAUAUAAUUCACAGAAGCUCCACCCUACCUAUUGGUGAUUCUUGUAGGAGAGCAGUUUAUGACUUCUCCUUUGUGUAUUAUGAAUGAGUUUUUGUCUGUAUGUGUUGAAGUGUAUGUGUUUGUAAUAUAACAUCACUGUGAGGGGUGGUCGGUCUACUCUAAAGCCUCAUGAUGUCAUGUGUUCUUCAUUAAAGUGAACAGACCGGGAUACCCUGUUACCAUGGUUACCCGGUUUUGGUCGGCAGCCACAGAGUAACACAGGUUUUUUUGUUGUUGAAAUGUC